CUUUCACUCUACCACCUACCCUUCUUUUCUCCUCCCUUCCCCCUGCCUCAGCCCUCAGUGUUUGCUUUUCUCCCGGAUGCGGAUGAAAGGGUUGGCUUGCCCGUGCCCUGCCCUACCCAAGUUCUUGGAACUGGGGACCAGCUUAAUGGCUGAGGGUUCCCGAGCUCAGGCGCCAGGUCAAGGGCCUCCUAUAAACAUCCAAUUUCUUCGUGCCCAGUAUGAAGGUCUGAGGAGACAGCAGAGGACCCAGGCUCACCUAAUGGUGUUCCCUAAAGAAGGGAUCAUGCCUGCUCCGGCUGAAUUGAUGACCAGUACUGUUUGGAUUAACAAGGAGAGAAGGAGCUCACUGUCACCAGAGGAGACCGACUCUGAGGCUGAGGGGAUGUUGGAGGAAGUGGACAGAAGCUGCCAUCGGGCUCCAUGGCACACAUACCUUGAGUUGCAUCGCUUGGUUCAAACCUUCCAUCUGGAAGCCGGUCACCAAGGCAACCCCAAGGGAUACCUUGUGGAGCCGGAACCAAGGUUGUCUCCGGAGGGAGACACUGAUGUUCUGAAAAGCAGUCAGAAGACACAUCAGGAAAUCAAAAUCUCAGAGGUAGCUCAGCGGCAAAGUCAGGGGGACCGUGCCCCACUACAGGUAACAGGCUCAGUGCAGGACCUUGCUUCCACAAAGAACCUACACAGGUCUGGAAAACCAGCUCACUAUCCAUUUCCCCAGAGGAAACCUCCCAGGAUCUCCCAAGCUGCCCGGAACCUGGGUUUAUACGGCCCACCCUGAAGCUUUCCACUCAACCAGACAUCUCAUCCAUGUGGCCACCCGUUGACUCAUCAUGGAACCACACAAAGCCACAACCAGAGCCUUGAACGAUGAGCAACAGUUGGAGCGCCUCGAUUUUGGAAUCAUGGGAAAUGAGCUU